CGCACGUCUCUGCGUGUUGUGCUUUGAGUGUUUGUUUGCAUUGUUUUUGUUUCACGCGACCAUCGAGUAUGAUUGCGUGGUAGGGGUCGCACGUAAUACCAUUCACAUUGUUCAUCACGUUGGUCAGUCCAGCGGCGACUCAUCGCCUUCGCCGCAAUCACUAGUUUCUAAGUAGCUUCCGCUUCAUCGCCCGCAAACCUGCAUCAGACAACAUUCACCGCUGUUGCUGGGUCAUGUUGUGUGACACCCGCAUUGGCAUUCACAUCAUCCCCAUCGGGCGCUUAUAAUGUUCAGCAGCAGCCACCGGAGGAGUAAUUUCAUCUUAGACUCACUGUCCAAGACACUGCCUGAUGACAGGCCAAUUACUUCUAUACAGAUUAUAGAAAACGCUGAAAAGUGUCCACCGGGGUUUUAUGUGAUUAGUAAGACUUAUGACCAAGACCAGGAUGCGGAUUUGUGGCGUGAAUCCGGUUCGUUUUUAAAGAAAAAGACGUUGAGGUAUCUUUGUCUGUCAAAAACCGAAGGUCUUCCGAAUUUUGUGCUAAAAGAAAUCCACGUGGUGAAUGAUAAAUCACUGCCGCCUGAAGGCUACAGUUUGUUGCAUAAAACAGCGGAUAGUGAACAGAAAGCUUGGCGCAAGAAACAAAUUUGUUACAAAUUAUCGAACAAGAAUAAUAUUAAGUUAGCCAUCACAGAUAUUAUCAUCUGUAGUCGUUUGAAGAAAGCACCAGAGGGAUUUACACUAGCUGGUGAAAUAAAUGGUGUGAUCGUAUGUUAUAAGAUGGGAAACGCGCAAGAUACACAAAAUGGCGGCGCGGCGGCCGGUGUCAAUGCGCAGAACAUUGAUCGCCCGCCUGAUCGUCCUCCUAAACCCACAAGUGGUGCCUAUCCUUCGUUAUCCGAUGAUGGCGACUAUGAAAUUCUGAAUCCCAGUGUCAUACCUGGUUAUAGGCCAGCGCCGCCUCCGCCUACUGGUGUACAACCACAUAGGCCACCCGUUCAACACCAAACGUCGACUUUGAACUCACAUUUUGGUGUUUUAGAGGGCGUUCCUUUCGUACUGAGUCCUCGUUUGACAAAUAAUCGUAAUAGUACCAAGCCGCAGAUCCCAAUCAUAAAAGCUCGAUCGCGCGCACAAGUCCUCAAAGACUACAACUACGACUUCCGAUUGGAGCGUCACAGCGUCAUCUAGAUGUGGUAGUUGUUUAGUAUUUAGUUUUUAGCCAUUUUCAUAUGUCCAACAUGAGCAUGAUCAUCACAAGGAUCCAUAAAGUAAGUGUCAUAAUAUGUUCGUUUUAAGUUGUGAUUUUUACCGCGUAUUAUUUACGGACUCAUUGUUUCUAUUCGUAAUCAUUGUAUUGAUGGAGAUUUGCGUAAUCGUUUUUAUCGUUUCGUGUCAUUCGGCAGAGAUUUUAUCGUUUUUAGUGCCAAUAUUUUAUAUAUCUAUCCGUUAUGUAUACAAUAGCGAUUAGUGAACAAAUAUAACUUUUACUGAUAA